AUGAUUGACAUCAGCAUGUCCUGGCUUCUGCUGGCGACACUGUCCAGUCUGACGAUUCUCUGGGUGUGGAUAAAGACAAGAUUCCCGUACUCCAAACUCAACAUACCUCCAUUUCCUGUUCAACCCUGGCUUCUGGUUGGUCACUUUCCCGCUAUGUUUGGGAACCUUCGAGACAAGCUGAAGGAGUGGCGGCAGACUGGCGGGGACAUCUACAGCCUUGUCCUGGGUGGAGAGUUACAUAUCGUGGUUAAUGACUUUGAUGCCAUCAAGGACAUCCUGACCAAACAAGCUGACAAAAUUGUCAACCUUCCAAAGACGUUUGCAGAAGAGGUUCUUCAAGAACAUAACACGGGUAUAAUUUCUGGACGGGAUGAUAACUGGAAAGAACAAAGAACAAUCUCUUUGUCAAUUCUUAGGUCGUUUGGAAUGGGGAAGAACAUAAUGGCGGAUAAAAUUGGCGAAGAGGUGGCUGUUAUUAUCGAUAAGCUUGCUGCCUUGAGAGGUGAACCAACUGACGUUCGAUUCCUCCUGAACAUUAGUGUGUCAAACGUCAUCUGCUCUGUUACUGUUGGGAAACGGUUCGAACACGACGAUCCAUAUUUCUGUAAUUUAAUUGCUCAGGUCAACUGUCUAAUGAAACAUCUGAACGCCGUGGUUUUGUUAACUCCCUUUAAACAACUCUAUUAUCUCCCUGGAGAUAUUUUUAAAGCCAAGAAGUGGGUCAAAGCCACGCAUGAAGUAAAUGAAAUGUUUAGCAAGGCGUUUGUCAGUAAGCUAAAAACAGACUUCAGUGAAGAUCAAGAAGCUGAUAAUUUUGUGGUCGCAUAUCUACAAGAAAUGAAGAAAAAAAAUACUAAAGGAGCGAACAGUAAACUGGACGAAAGGAACUUGAUUGCAAUAAUUAGAACUUUGUUCCUAGCAGGUACAGAAACCACAAGCACCACUAUCUUGUGGUGCCUGUUGUACAUGUUGCAUCAUCCUGAAGUACAGAACAAAGUCUACCAGGAGAUCGAGGCACAUGUAGGAACCACCCGAGUUCCCAAUAUGUCUGACAAACCGAGGCUGGUGUAUCUCAGCGCCGUCAUCAUGGAAACUCAACGUCUUGCCAGCAUUGCACUCACAGGUCUGCGCCGAGAAGUCAGCAAAACGUUUGAAUACCGAGGCUUCACUUUUCCCAAGGGCAGCAUCAUUUGGCCGGUCUUAGAUUCCGUUCACCACGACAAGAACAUCUGGGGUGAUCCGGAAACAUUUCGUCCCCAGCGGUUUAUUGACGACAACGGAGCCCUGAUCAACCACGAGAAACUGAUCCCGUUUUCCAUCGGCAGAAGAGCAUGUCUGGGCGAAUCUCUAGCCAGAAUGGAGCUCUACCUGUUUCUGUCCGCCAUGUUUCAGCGGUUUAUCUUUGAGCCGGCAGACGGCUCCGGUCAGUUGCCGACAUUGAAGGAAAACUUUGGUGGCACAAUGGUUCCCUUUCCAUUUCAACUCAGAUUUAUAAAGAGACGAUGCUGA